GCAGAGCCGGAAGACCUUUUACCUCGCGUUUUGGAGAAAUCGGUUUUGCAGAACCUGGAGGGGAUAUUUAAGACCGUCCCGGCGACUCUAGAGUGUCUGCCUCACGACCUAUUCUGGGCGUUAUGCAUGUCUUUGAGUGGCUGUACUGCAGACCUUGAUGACUCCAGGCUGCCAUCCCAUUUUCAAGGGUGUGAUAGGUAUACAGCUGGUUGUUACUAUGGUGAUGGCUAGUGUCAUGCAGAAGAUUAUACCUCACUAUUCUCUUGCGCGAUGGCUGCUCUGCAAUGGAAGUUUGAGGUGGUAUCAGCAUCCUUCAGAAGAAGAAUUAAGAAUCCUUGCAGGGAAGCAGCAGAAAGGAAAAAGUAAAAAAGACAGAAAAUACAAUGGUCAUAUUGAAAAUAAGCCACUUACCAUUCCAAAAGACAUUAACCUUCAUCUAGAAACCAAAUCUGUUACGGAAGUGGAUACUCUAGCACUGCAUUACUUUCCAGAAUACCAGUGGCUGGUGGAUUUCACGGUGGCUGCUACCAUUGUGUAUUUAGUAACUGAAGUCUACUACAGUUUCAUGAAACCUACACAGGAAAUGAAUAUCAGCUUAGUCUGGUGCCUCCUGGUUUUGUCUUUUGCAAUUGUUGAAGAACUGGGUACUCUGUUGACACCAUGUUGUGCCUCCUUCUCCCCGCUGAGCAAAGUUCUAUUUUCAUUAACUACACACUAUUUUAAAGUAGAAGAUGGUGGUGAAAGGUCAGUUUGUGUCACCUUUGGAUUUUUUUUCUUCGUUAAAGCAAUGGCAGUUUUGAUCGUAACAGAGAAUUACCUGGAGUUUGGACUUGAAACAGGGUUUACAAAUUUUUCAGACAGUGCGAUGCAGUUUCUUGAAAAGCAAGGUUUAGAAUCUCAGGGUCCUGUUUCAAAACUUACUUUCAAAUUUUUCCUGGCUGUUUUCUGUUCACUGAUUGGGGCUUUUUUGACAUUUCCUGGAUUACGGCUGGCUCAAAUGCAUCUGGAUGCCCUGAAUUUGGCAACAGAAAAAAUUACACAAACAUUACUUCAUAUCAACUUCUUGGCACCGUUAUUUAUGGUUCUGCUCUGGGUGAAACCACUCACCAAAGACUACAUCAUGAACCCACCACUGGGUAAAGAAAGUGUCCCUUUAAUGACAGAAGCCACAUUUGAUACUCUUCGACUCUGGUUAAUAAUCCUGCUAUGUGUUUUGCGGUUGGCCAUGAUGCGAAGUCACCUGCAAGCAUAUUUAAACUUAGCCCAGAAAUGUGUGGAUCAAAUGAAGAAAGAAGCAGGCCGAAUAAGUACCGUUGAGCUACAGAAAAUGGUGGCUCGAGUCUUUUAUUACCUUUGUGUCAUUGCCCUGCAGUAUGUGGCACCUCUGGUAAUGCUGCUGCACACAACUCUGCUUUUGAAAACACUAGGUAAUCAUUCCUGGGGGAUUUAUCCAGAAGCUGUCUCUCCCUGGCCAGUGGAUAAUAAUCUCCCUUCCAACUCUGUUUACCCUGAUCUACCAUCACCUGAUGGGAAGAUGACGGUAACUGUUACGCAAAUCACAGUGGCACUGAACAGCUUAAAAACCAUUUUCACUCCUCUCCUUUUUCGAGGACUUCUGUCAUUUUUGACAUGGUGGAUUGCUGCUUGCCUCUUUUCUACAAGCCUUUUUGGGCUUUUCUAUCAUCAGUAUCUGACAGUGGCAUGAAUUUCAAUCAAAAAAUGGAUAUCUACACUUUAAAUUCAAAUAUGUGUGCCCUUGAAGGGUUGACAAAAAAAGACUGCAAAUACAAAGGAGAAAAAAAAUUAUAUCGGAGUAUCUUGUUUUAAAUGCUUCCUCUGUACUCUCAGGGUGAAUUAAUGUUGUACUAUUUAAAAAUCACAGGAUAGGUUGUUACACUGUUACACUGUGGCAUUUUAAUUGUAACUCAUUGUGAUAACUAAUGUGAGAGGGUUAUCUGCAGGGGUUAAUCCCUCUGAUUACCUUCGUUUACAGUGCAAACCUCCAACAGUCUUUCAGACUUCUCCUAGGACUCCAGUUACUGAUUGCUCUUCAUGGUGUUGUGGUACUGUUCUUACUCAUACUUGCUGCCUAUAAAACAAUCUUCAAACUGAGCCAUGCUCUAGAGAAGGGAAAAGAACUAAAGUCACUUCUGUUGGUAAUGUCUUAGUCUUCAAAAACAAAACAAACAAACAAAAAAUCCAACAGAAAGGAAGAGAAAGCUACUGUAUAUUACAGUAAGAAAAGCUGCAUAGUCAUUUUAAAUUGAAUGGUGAUACAGAUGCCUGAUGUCUACAAGGACUGCUACUUGAGAGUAGCAGCAGUAUUGUUUUAAAGCGUAUACCACCAGCUUGAAAGCUCUUUUCAGAUGAUUGGCCAUAUGAACAUUUGCAGUCUCACUGUUAAUUUUGGGCCUGCUGUAUUUUAUUUUAUUCUUUGAUCCUAAAUAGUUAUGUUUAAUCUAAAAAUAUUUAUCAAUACUGAUCAAAUUUGAGAAUUACUUUUAAUCCUGCUGACUAAGUGUAUGUAUUGUGUAUAUAUUAUAUAUUAAAUAUAUAAUAUAUUGAGGUUAUAAAAGAUGAAAAUAUUGAAUCCUUAUAUUUUAAG